AUGGCUACACAUUUGGUCGUUCCGGUAACGAAAAUUGAUGUGUGUAAUAUAAAUUUAAUGACCAUUAAUAACUUACUUGAAGAUACAUUUGACCGUAAACAGAACGUGGAAGCAAUCAAAUUUGAUGUUGGUCCGAAUUUGCCAUAUAAAAGGGAAAAUAUUAUUGCAAGUGAAUAUGAAAUUGAACUUACUGAGAGUCCAAUAUAUUCUAUUUUGAAUUUACCAAGUAGUAUCACUGUAAAAGGGUAAAAUUUUAAUAGAGUUUAUUCAAAUACAAUUUCAACAAGUGUUAAUAUAUUUCAAUUUUAGAGAUGGAGAUCAUGAAAUGGUGCAAAAAAAAAACGAAAUUUAUCUAAAUAAUAGUUAUGAAAAGAUUAAAAGUGUUGAUAAUCUAACCCAAAAUAUAAUGUCUCAACUAAAAAAAGAGGAAGAAGGAUGUCAAACGUUAAUACUUUCGAAAUGUACAACCGGUUCUCAAGUUAACGAAUUUAAUUUAAUAGAUGCAUAUAAUGAGACAAACAAAGAGCAAAAUGAAUCUUUAAAUCAACAAGUGCAGAUGUCGAACAAAAUGAACAAAUAUGUUCCUGUUCAGAAAGAUCCAAAACUAUUCAAAGAUCCAGAAGUCUUUUUCAAUAUGGUAAUGGUUAUGGAACGAAUACUGGCCCAGAAUACAUUAAAUGGAUUCAGCGACGAACAACGUCAGUUGAAUAAUAUCAUAGAUCAAACGGAGAAACUUCCAGUUGAAAAUAAAUUCAUUCUUACAUAUUGUUUUUCAUUAGAAAAUAAAAAAAACAAUUUGUCAGUAAAAUGUAUGCAUUGGCAUGAAACCGAAACUCAUUUAUUGGCUGUUGCAUAUAGUAAAUUAUUGUAUCACGAUUAUGAAGAUAAACCGACUACAGUGGCUGUGUGGAGUAUGAAAAAUCCGCAAAAUCCUGAAAGGUAAUUAAUAUAAUACACAUAAGAAAUAAUUAUAUUCUGAAUAAUUGCCAAAUUCGUUUUUAUUUAGAGUUUUUGAAUUUAACGAAUCAUUUAUAACAUGCUUGAAAUUUGCGACUGAAAACCCAAAUCAUCUUGCGAUUGGAUUCUACAAUGGAGAAUUAUUAAUAAUUGAUAUUUCUAGUAAAAUCCUUGAUGUUGUUUUUCAAAAAUCUAAACAGAUAUUUUUGGAAAAAAAUAGCAUUUUAGAUUUAUUUUGGACAAUUCAAAUUGUAAAAAAUCACGAACAUGAAUGUUUGGUUAGUAUAAUUGUUCGGAAUGUAAAAAUACUCAAUAUGUGCUACUUCAGGCGCCUCCUAAUAAAUUGUAUUACAUAUACAUAACAAAAUUUAAAUUUAAAAUUCAUCAGUUGUCUAACGUUAUGCAAAACCACGUUAGAUAGGUCUAAAGAAAAAAAAAAAGACAAUUUGAAAACCUUUACUAUACUAAGUAACAAUAAUUUUGUAAAGUAAAUAAAUAUAAUAAAUAAACGUAUAAAAAUAAAAUCAAUUAAUCAAUGAAUGGGUCGCCUGGAAUAUUAUGAUAAGUGUAUUUUAUACGACCGGUUUGGAAUUAAUAAUUCAUCAUCGGGUCAAAAUGUAAAACGCGACUGAAUAUAAAAAAUUAACGUAUUCAUUCGUUUUUUUUUUUUUUUUGUACAUACAUUUUUUAUUUAUAUAUUUAUAUACUUUACUUGUUAACUAGUAUUAACCAUUUUAAUAAUUCUGUAGAAACCAAUGGUUGUCAUUGGUUGAAUUCCAAAAUUUUACUUUCCGUAAAAUUAUGGUUAGGACAUUUAUGUUCCAAAUAUUAUUUUCCCGGGUCUUUAAUAUCCCAGUACUUUACGGCCUCCCAUGUACAACAUUCAGUCAUUAUGUGAUUGAUGGUCUCAAUAUGUAUACAUUACUGUAUAGGUGACAUGUAGUUUCAAUGGUUGUAUAGCGCGUUACCUUUAUUCAUACGGAACGAUUGUGGAGACAAUUAUUAUAAAGAUAUCCCAAGUUCAUACUGGUUUGACUGAAGGUGAAAAAAACGAAAGGAGUUCAGUUGCAAAGACAAAUGCAAUCAUUGCAACUAAAUUUAUGGGAUUAAACGAAACGACAUAUUUGGUUGGCACGGGGGACGGUAAGGUUUAUAAAUGUUCAUAUGAAAAUUCAAUGGUAUAUUUAACAAAUACGUUGGCACACUAUGGGAUAAUUCAAUCGUUGGAAAAAUCACCGUACGAUCAAGAUGUGUAUUUAACCACUGGUUGUGAUUGUUGCAUAAAAGUAUGGUUUGGUAGUGUAUCAAUUGACCCGGUAAUAACAUUAUACGCUAGAAAACAAAUAGAAAAAGCCAUUUGGAGUCGAACUAACCCUACAGUCAUAGCAUCUAUUAUAGGUAAGACACGCAUUGCAAUUGUAAAAUGUAUUAUGUUUAAAAUAAUAAAAUAUCAAAUAUUUCUACUUGGUUAUUGGUUUUCGUUGCAAUUCAAUAUAAAAACUGACAAUUUUCAACGGACGCUUACAAUAGUAUUUUCAAAAUGUGUUAUAAGUUUUCGAAAACAUCCGUUGUGCUUUAGGCGAAUGCGUAGCUAUUUUAAAUUGUAGCUGUUGUUUUUUUUUUCCCCCGGGUUUCGGCCGAUACGAUUGUUUAAAUAUUCCAAUAAACUAAUUUGUAAUCAUAGUUUUAAGCUAAUAUUGACGUCGUUCACGCUGUUAUUUUAUACAAUCAAUUUACAGACAACUCAAUCCAUAUUUGGGAUGUACGUUUAAUAUUGAAAAACGCACUUGUGUCGGUCCAUAAGAUACAGCAUUCCGGUGACAAAUUCUCCAAUAUGGAAUUCACAUUGGAUGGGAAAUAUUUGUGUGUGUCUAAUGUGAGCGGAACGGUCAUUGUCUAUGCCUGGUCAAACGUAUUGUCGACCAGAGAAUCCCAAGAAGAGAAAACCUUAAUGUAUUGCAUUGCGGAAAGUGUAUAUUACAUGUCGGGCGAAGAACUGUUGAUCAAACAGUUGUCCAAGGAACGGCCGGAGUUCGGUACUUAUUUCUCAAUGUUGGAAAACAACACUGAGAAAUGAACGACGCGAAGGUGUUCUGCGUUUUCGAAUAAGAUGUCGCGGCAAUAUUCUAAAGAAAAUAAACACACAAUCGUAUAGACGUAUUAUUCGUAAUCAAUUGCUCGGGUUACAGCGGCUAUACGAGAUUAUACUCGUGAUUAUCGAAUUUCGGCCGUGAUAACUCGAUGGUUUUUUUUUUUCCGUUAAAUUCACCGUCUUUCGCCUUUGCCGCCUUAACAGCUGGCGACAUUUUCGAUCGGCAAUCGAGUCGUUC